CGAUCUGCUUGCCCCACUCUUUCCCAAAUGCUACAAGCCACUCCGCAUUGAUUACAGCUCGGAUGAGAGUGAUACUUCCACCCCCACCACCCGUAAAGCGGACAGGCUAUCGUCAAAGCCAUCUCCUAUGCGCAGGGGCGCGAAGCGCUCCAACUCCACCGCCAGCGAAAAGAUCCGGACGACAUCUUUCAUCUUUCUGCAUAUCCACAGAAGAAUGAUUAUGAUUGUAAGCUAGAUGACUGGGAUUUUGAUAGCGUGAUCUUUGGAGCCUUGAAUGACGAGUCCCCCAAUGAAGAUCUAACCAAGAAGUCCAACAUUAUCCAGGGCAGAGAUAAAAUAGAUUUAGAUGUUUCUAUGGAGGUUGGGCUGAUGGCCAACUCAAACAUAUCAAUGGAGAAAGCAGACACUUCUGGGGAGGAGCUAAAGGAAACUCCGUCAGUAAAGAAAACCGCUGCGGAGCCUGCAGCUGCCAACAAAGAUACCAAAAAGUCCAGAAUCUCCCAAAGACGAUCAACCAUAGGAGCCUCUCGCGAAGACUUGGCUCAAUCGUAUGAAACCAAAGAUAAAUCGGAACCUGAAGCUUCCAACAAAAACUACACAAAGGAAAAAGAGUCUUCUGUAGAGAUAGAGGUGCCAUCUAAACCAAAUGAAGUGGAGAAAGCUGCAGUUGAGCCUGCAGCUUCCAGUAAGGAUACCAAGAAGUCUAGAAUCUCCCAUCGACGAAAAACUGUGUCAGGCUCUCGCGAAGACUUGGCUGGCACUUCUAUAGAAAAAACCAAAGAUAAAGUGGAGUCUGUAGUUUCAAACAAAAAUCACGCAAAGACGAAGGGGUCUUCCAUGGAAAAAGAGGUGCCAUCCAAACGAAAGGAAGUUCCUAAAGUGGAUCCUGCAGUUUCACACAAAAAGUCCAGAAUUUCUCAGCGCUCAUCAACCAUAGCCAUCUCUCGCGAACAGUUUCUUGCCGAUUCUGGGGAGGAUCCCAAAGAAACUCCUGUAGAUAAAACCGAAGAUCAAGUGGAGUCGGCAGUUUCAAACAAAAAUGACGCGAAGGCGAAGGGAUCUUCUGUGGAGAAACGAAAGGAGGCUUCUAAGGUGGAGCCUGAAGAGUUUCUUGCCGCUUCUAGAGAAGAACCAAAAGAAACUCCUUCAGUAGAUCAGGGCCAAGUGGAGCCUGAAGUUUCCAAUAGGUCGAAAGAAAAUGAGCCACCACCUAAGCCAAUCCAGGAAUUUCCUCCGAAAAGAGAGCGCAAUGCACUUCGCAGCCGUGCCACUUCGUGCUACUACGAAAGACCCCAAGACGAGCCAGAUUUGGUGGACACCAUUGUCAACGGCAUGGGCGUGAGGCUGAUUAGGGGACCAGAAGUGAUUGAGGCUCUUUCAGGGGUCAGACUUUUCUCCAUUUACAUAUCCAUAGAAGAAUGAUUAUGAUUGUAAACUAGAUGACUGGGAUUUUGAUAGCGUGAUCUUUGGAGCCUUGAAUGAGUCCCCCAAUGAAGAUCUAACCAAGAAGUCCAACAUUAUCCAGGAUAUGGAGGAAAAGUUGAGGCUCGAGAAAAUUUCGAAACGAGUGCGAUUCAGCGACAAGGUUCAGAUCAAAUUUAUCGAAGGUAGGCGUACGGCACGAGGCUCCCGUGGAACGCACGGAAAAAAGGACACUGAGCUGCUAUUCUCCAGCACGUAUGACGAGAGACGUGAGCGCUGGGCGCGCAAUCAGGUCAA